GAAAACUGUUACUCAUGGAAACUUAAAACAAUAGCAUGAUCUCAAGGCUUAAAGGAAAUAAAUUAGGACGAAACCAAAAAACUCUAUUUAAUUUUUUUUUCAGGGCGCAGAGGGCUAGAGACUAACAAGUUCUUCAGGUUUUCAGUGUUAAAUACACAGACGAGUGAGAUUGACAUUUCUUCUUUUGCCUUCAAGUGUUCACUGUGGUCUUGCUGAGAACACAAACAUGCAGAAGGAGUUAAUGCCAUAUUGGAAUCUCACCGUCACAGUGUUGAGAGCGAAAUUAAGUCAGUCACGUGAUCUAUUUUCUAAAUCCGACUGCUACAUCCUCUUAAAAUUACCCACGGCCUGCGCCUGCUGUUAUCGCACUAAAACCAUCACAAACAGCAAUGCACCAGAAUGGAAUGAAACCUUUCGUUUCAGAGUACACAGUGGUGUCAAGAACAUCCUGGAACUCCACAUAUAUGAUGCUGACUUUAUUACAAAAGAUGACUGCUGUUCCUCUAUCCUCUUUGAUAUCAGUAACCUCACACUUGGAAAAAAGCUGAAAAAAUGCUUCAUUACAGAUGAUGAGAAAAAGAAUGAGCUGUGGGUGGAGUUUAAUAUGACAGAGAGCCCUGACAGCCCAGAGCCUUACCUAUCUAAUGGAGUGUUGAUGGCUGCUCCAUUCUGUGCACUAGACGUGACGGCAGAAAAAUUACGGACUGAUGUGAAAAGCCUAUUGUUAAAACUGAGGGGUGCGUUUAAGGAAGACUUUAUCCUCUCAGGCUCUGUGGAAAAUUCAAGCUUCUCACAAACUAUGCGCUACUACAUCAAUCGAGACUUGGAGACCGAAUUUAGUCUUAUGCCAUCACAGGAUGUGAAAAAAGAGGAUAGAGUUGAUGGAUCCACUGUAAGCCCCUUGUCCUCUGUCCAAUUAAGAACAAUAUCAGCUAACAAACAAAUCAAACUCUCUAUGCCUGUUGGAAAAGGCGCAUUAGAUCUGCAAGUUAAGACAGAGGACCGCUCUAGUGAAGACAUGAAUUUACGACUGGGUUUUGAUAUCCCGACGGAAGAGAAGAAUUUUCUGAUGAAGAGGAGGAAAGUCGUGUCACAAGCACUACAGAGGGCUUUAAAACUCACCUCACCACCUGAACCCAGCAAGGUGCCAGUGAUAGCCGUGGUGUGUUCUGGAGGCGGGUCUCGGGCAAUGACGGGCACAUUUGGGGCUCUUAGAGGUCUACAGAAGCUCCAACUCCUUGAUGCUAUCAGCUACAUCACAGGGUCUUCUGGCUCCACCUGGACUUUGUCCUGUCUUUAUGGUGAUGAUGCUAACUGGUCAAGCAGUGACUUGAAUGUCACUAUGGAGUCGGUUAAAAAGGAAAUCACAAAAAGCAUGUCUAGUUUAUUUUCCAUGGAGCAGCUGCGGCACUACAAAGAAAAGAUGGAAGAGAAAGAAAAGCAAGGACAUCUCGUCUCUCUCAUUGAUCUGUGUGGUCUGGCUGUAGAGUACCUCAUACAUGGGAAGAAAAAAAUGGCUACACUCUCUGAACAGCAGAUGGCACUAUUAAAGGGCCAGAACCCUCUUCCAAUCUAUACAGCUAUCAACAUGAAGAAUGGCAAGACAGGAAGUACAGUAGAGUCUGAAUGGUGUGAAUUUACUCCAUACGAGGUUGGAUUUCUGAAGUAUGGUGCCUUCAUACCUGCACAGAACUUUGGGAGUGAAUAUUAUCUUGGUCACCUGGUCAGGAAACUGCCUGAAACUGGGAUCUACUCUCUAUUGGGAAUAUGGAGCAGUGUUUUCUCUCUGAGUCUGACUCAGAUUUGGACUUGUGCCACUGGAGUCACUCCAUCCUGGGCCGACCAACUUGGAGAAGAAGUGACGAACACAGACAUAGACGAUAAAGCAUCAACGCUGGAUACGCGUUACGUCAGUCCUAUGACUGAACUGGCAAAAAGAGUGAGCAACUUUCUUACCAGCCGACCCAUUAUUAGCCAAGCGUACAACUUUCUGAGAGGUUUCUACAUGCACAAGAACUACACUGAGAACAGUGACUUCAACACAUGGAAUGAAGACCAUCCAGAUGCUUUCCCGAAUUCUCUGACACCAGCAGACUCUAAACUUGAACUGAUAGACUCUGCUGUCGUGAUCAAGUCAGGAUUUCCUCCUGUACUACGCCCUAAGAGACGUGCAGAUGUUAUUCUGUCUCUGAACUAUGCUUGGGAUGUGAACCACUUCAAGCCACUGAAACAAACUCAUGAGUACUGCAUUGACCGCAAGAUUCCGUUUCCGAAAAUCAAUUUCAAAAAGUUGGAGUCAGAGCCGAUGAAGGAAGUUUAUGUGUUUGAGGAUAAAGAAAAUCCAGAGGCUCCAAUAGUGAUUCACUUUCCCUUGAUCAACAUCACAUUCAAACAGUUCAAGGCUCCUGGUGUGAAGAGAGAAGGAAAGAUCGAGAUGAAGGAAGGUGAUUUUGAUAUUGACUAUACCAGCCUCACUUGUCCAUUUGCUACGCCCAGACUGACUUACUCACCUGAAGACUUUCAGAAGUUGUCCAACCUCACCACUUACAACAUUUUAAACAACAAAGAUAUAAUUAUGAACACAUUAAACAAAGUAGUUAAGAAAAACAUGGAGGGAACUCCUGUACAGACACAAAUGACACAAUCUUGUGAUGCCAGCCUCAUUAAGGGGAGAUCUGCAGCUAAGUGUUAAAAACCUUAAGGGUUGUAGGAUUCAUAUAUAGGGGCUGGGAUGCUUAUGGUAAUUCAUACUGUAGGGGUGAGCGGGACACAAACUACUGUAACGCAGGGUUAAUUGUAACAGCUAUUUAGUUACACAGGGCCAAACAAUCUGUGUUUUUAUCUUUUUCUCUCACUGUCAGAAGACGGUCUGCUAUAAACUUGUGAAAAGUUUUGAUGCAUGUAUUGGACAAAGAGUGCUGAGCAGACACGAAAGUUUCUUUCUCAUAUGUUUUUUUUUCAAUUUCUGAAUUGUGUGUGUAAGUUACCAAAUUCAUGUGUUUUGUAUAUCUUUUAUAGAUGGUCACUUUGUGUAACCCCUUUC